AGCUGCCAUUUUGGUUUUGUUCCGUUCGCUGAAGUAAAACCAGAAACGCGAUACGGACAGCGAGCAGCCUGGACGACACAGUGACUCGGCAGGAUAGUAAAGGGGGGCUUACUCACAGCAUCUCGGCAAGCGCUGUUCGUGUUGUCGCAGCUCGUUUUCUCCUCGUCAUCUAAAUCAGUCCGCAAUCUGCUCCAUCUAAGUUAGUUUCACACGCGGAGCGGUUUGCUGACACUGAGAGUGGACUGUGAAGGAUUAUUGAUGUCCAGCUCGCCGCUGUCCAAGAAGCGUUGCGUGUCAGGAUCAGAGACGAAGACGGGAUCCCACUUCUCCUCUAACGCCGUCAAAACCGAACUGUCACACACACCAGCUAACGGCAUGGCGAAAAAUGGAAAUGAUGCUGAGAUCGACGAAGGCUUGUACUCCAGACAGCUGUACGUACUGGGCCAUGAUGCUAUGAAGCGCAUGCAGAACUCCAAUGUACUUGUCUCGGGACUGCGAGGUUUGGGUGUAGAGAUGGCAAAGAAUAUCAUUCUGGGUGGUGUCAAGACUGUCACCCUGCACGACCAGGGUGUGACCGAGUGGAUGGACCUUUCAUCACAGUUUUAUCUGCGUGAGGAGGAUCUGGGGAAGAACCGUGCGGAGGUCAGCCAGACUCGACUGGCAGAACUGAACAGCUAUGUUUCUGUAACCUCCUACACUGGUGCCCUCACCAACGAAUACCUGACCCAGUUUCAGGUUGUUGUGCUCACGAACUCUAGCCUCGAUGAGCAGGCACACAUUGGAGAGUUCUGCCACAAUAAUGGCAUCAAGUUGAUCGUGGCUGACACACGUGGGCUGUUUGGGCAACUGUUCUGUGAUUUUGGGGAGGAAAUGGUGGUGUUUGACACCAAUGGAGAGCAGCCACUGAGCGCAAUGAUCUCAAUGAUUACAAAGGACAGUGCUGGUGUCGUUACGUGUCUGGAUGAAGCACGGCAUGGAUUUGAGAGCGGAGACUACGUCACUUUCACGGAAGUGCAGGGCAUGACGGAGCUUAAUGGCUGUGAGCCAGUAGAGAUCAAAACACUGGGUCCUUACACCUUCAGCAUCUGUGACACCAGCUCUUUCUCUGACUACGUGAGAGGAGGCAUUGUCACACAAGUCAAGAUGCCUAAGAAGAUUUCCUUUAAAUCACUGCCCUCCUCCAUGACCGAACCAGAGUUCAUGAUGACUGACUUUGCUAAAUUUGAUCAUCCAGGCCAACUGCAUUUGGGCUUUCAGGCAUUGCAUGCUUUUGAGAAGAAGCACACUCGUCUACCAAAGCCCUGGAGCCAGUCGGAUGCAGAUGAGCUUGUGACUCUGGCUGAAGAGGUGAACUCUGCACAGAACGGAUCUGCCAAGCAGGAGCAGCUGGACCAUGCACUUAUCAAAAAGCUGUCCUGCGUGGCUGCUGGAGAUCUGGCCCCUGUUAAUGCCUUUAUUGGUGGACUUGCUGCCCAGGAGGUUAUGAAGGCUUGCACAGGGAAGUUUAUGCCCAUUAUGCAGUGGCUGUAUUUUGAUGCUGUGGAGUGUUUACCUGAGGCUGAGGGAACUGUUCUUACAGAGGAAGAGUGUGCACCUACAAACUGUCGAUAUGAUGGCCAGAUUGCUGUCUUUGGGUCCAAGGUGCAGGAGCUGUUAGCCAAACAGCGGUAUUUUCUGGUUGGUGCUGGAGCCAUUGGCUGUGAGCUCCUGAAAAAUUUUGCCAUGAUGGGCCUGGCCAGCGGUGAUGGGGAAGUCAUAGUCACUGACAUGGACACCAUAGAAAAGUCAAACCUCAAUCGACAGUUCCUCUUCAGGCCCUGGGAUGUCACGAAGAUGAAGAGUGAGACUGCCGCUGCAGCUGUGAAGCAGAUGAACCCGUCCAUCCGCAUCACAGGCCAUCAGAACCGUGUAGGGCCUGACACAGAGAAAGUCUAUGAUGACGACUUUUUUGAGACCCUAGAUGGAGUGGCAAAUGCUCUUGAUAAUGUAGAUGCCCGCAUGUAUAUGGACCGGAGGUGUGUGUACUACCGUAAGCCAUUGCUGGAGUCUGGUACUCUAGGCACCAAGGGGAAUGUGCAGGUGGUCAUCCCUUUCAUCACAGAGUCAUACAGCUCCAGCCAGGAUCCACCAGAGAAGUCUAUUCCAAUUUGCACACUCAAAAACUUUCCAAACGCCAUUGAACACACUCUCCAGUGGGCUCGUGAUGAGUUUGAGGGUCUCUUCAAACAGCCAGCUGAAAACGCCUUGCAGUAUCUAACAGACCCAAAGUUCAUGGAGCGCACUCUGAAGCUGCCUGGAGCUCAGCCUUUGGAGGUGCUUGAGGCAGUAUACAAGAGCCUGGUGACAGAUUUUCCUCACAGCUGGGAGGACUGUGUUGCUUGGGCCCGCAACCACUGGCAAUGCCAAUAUAACAACAACAUCCGUCAGCUAUUACACAACUUCCCUCCAGACCAGCUUACAAGCUCUGGGGCACAAUUCUGGUCUGGUCCAAAAAGAUGUCCUCAUCCAUUAGAAUUCAGCACUAACAAUGAUCUUCACAUGGACUACGUUAUGGCAGCUGCUAACUUAUGCGCCCAGUCAUAUGGCCUGCAGGGCUCCACAGACCGCACAGCUCUGGCCAAGCUGUUGCAAAGUAUUAAAGUGCCUGAGUUCACACCCAAGUCAGGUGUCAAAAUCCACGUGUCUGAUCAGGAGCUGCAGAGUGCCCAUGCAUCAGUCGAUGACUCCAGGCUUGAAGAACUCAAGAAACUGUUGCCUGCCUUAGAAGCAUCUUCUCAGUUCAAACUCUGUCCCAUAGAAUUUGAAAAGGACGAUGACACAAAUUUCCAUAUGGACUUCAUUGUAGCAGCUUCUAAUCUGAGAGCAGAGAAUUAUGACAUUUCUCCUGCAGAUAGACACAAGAGCAAACUCAUUGCUGGAAAAAUCAUUCCUGCCAUCGCCACAACGACAGCUGCUGUCGUAGGUUUGGUUUGUCUGGAGCUGCUGAAGAUUGUUCAGGGGCACAAGAAGCUUGAGUCAUACAAGAACGGCUUCAUGAACCUUGCUCUACCUUUCUUUGCCUUCUCUGAGCCUAUUGCUGUCCCCAAGCAAAAGUACUACGACAACGAAUGGACGCUUUGGGACCGUUUUGAGGUAAAGGGCAUUCAGCCAAAUGGAGAGGAAAUGACACUCCGACAGUUCUUGGACUAUUUUAAGAAUGAACAGAAACUGGAGAUAACUAUGCUCUCUCAGGGAGUUUCCAUGCUCUACUCUUUCUUCAUGCCUGCGGCCAAGCUUAAAGAAAGGCUGGACCUGCCGAUGACUGAGAUCGUGACCAAGGUGUCCAAGAAGAAACUGGGGAAACAUGUUAAAGCACUAGUUUUUGAGCUCUGCUGUAACGAUGACACAGAAGAGGAUGUAGAGGUGCCCUAUGUCAGAUACACCAUCCGCUGAGAGGGUUCUUGGGGUGGAGAGGGACAGGUUGGUGGAGGGAGAGGGGACCCACUGGGGAUGUGGCGCUAAAUGGAGAGUAUCAGUAUGCUUGGAGAGCCCAAAGAGAAAUCAACAGGAAUGGGAGUAAUUAUUUUUUAAACCAGUUAUUGGAUGAUAUAAGUAUUAUCCUUAACCUAGAUCUCAAACAACCCUCUUCCCUAUUAGCUGAGCACUUCAGGGUAUGAUUAAAAUUUUAAUUCUAUCUUGAAAAAGCUGGUUAACUUCAGGAAUGGACAAUACAUGUUGAUGGGGUGCAUGUGAUAUAUUUGGCUGUAACUUAUUGAAGCUGAUUGUUCUAACACAAAGCUUCAGUGAAUGAAUUUCUGUAUACUGCCCAUCACUGUAUACUUAUUUUUUUAUUUAUUUUUUUUUACACUGCUCUGUUCCUGCCCUCAUGAUAUAUUUGUGGGCACCAUCUUGCUUUGCAAUUGAAAGUUAUCUCUGAACAUGUUGAUUGGAAUAAUAAUUGGAAAAAUAUGAAUGCCAAAAACUGGAGGCAAAAAAACUGUUAAUUGCUUAAAUUUUAUUUUCAAAUCACUGCCUUGGCUUGUCACUUUAAAUGCUGAUGUAGUGCUCUUAUUGGCCAAGUUGCCAAAGCAAGUUGGUCCACUGAUUAAACUCCUGCUCUCCCAUAGGCCCAGUGGGAAUAUCCCUUUGCCAAUCUGGCUUCAAUAAGGGUUGGGGAUCAGGAAAUUGCACAUAACUUUUUUCCUUUUUUAUUUUUAUUUCUGGCAGACUUCUGGUGUACACCUUGUAGAACAUAAACCCUGUAUUCUUUCUACUGUGUUAAACUCAAGAAAAAAAAAAAAGAAAAAAAAAACAUUACAGUAAAAAGGUGAUUUUAAUCUGUAAUGGGAGCACUUAGUAUGUUAGUGAAUAAAGUUGAAAAAGUUUUCUUGCUUUA